AUGUCAGGCGGCGACGGCGGCGUCGAUGGGGACGAAGCUGGCGAGGACCAGGAGGAAGAGGAGGCGGGUGGUGAGGAGGAGGGCAGCGCCUCGGAGCCCAACAAGGGCCUCAUCCACGCCCACGCCUGGAUACAGACCAUGAGCUGGGCCCUGCUGGCCGUCAUGGGGCUCGUCAUGUCGCGGCUGGCAAGGCACUGGAAGUACUGGAUGCAGCUGCACAUCGGGUUCGAGGUGACCGCCACGCUGCUGUCGUUCGUGGGGGAGAUGGUGGCUUUCAGCUAUUCCAAGGGAAAAGUGCGUUACGCUCACGGCGCCCUGUCCUUCAUCAUUCUCUUCGCGUCCUUCCCCCAAGUUUUCCUGGGAUGGCUGAUGGUGAGGUCCAAGCAGAUGAAUCUCAAAAAGAUGCACAGGGCCGUUGGGUACUUCAUCGUGGGGAUCGCCCUGUGGCAGAUGUGGAUGGGCAUGAGAAUCCUGGUGGUGGACGAAAGGCUUGUGCAGUGCUUCUACGCGUGGGUCAUUUCUAUUGGGGUGUCUUUCCACUUCGCUUCAGAGUCCGUAAGCAACGAAGAGAUGCUGCAGUCAAUGGUGAAGCGGGGCUUCAUGCCGCCAGAUCCCGCCACAGUCAAGGGCGCAUCCGAAGAAGGCACGGCCCCAGCCAAGAGCGCCAACUCCAAGUCCUUCAACACCACGAAAUCCGCGGCAGGGGAGGAAAAGGCGUCCUUGUAA